AUGCAAUCGCUUCCGAUUCUCUUCUUUGUGGUUGUCGUCUGCCUGGCUAUCGUCUCAGAGGCCCAAACAACCAAGAAACCAACAGCUUCGACGGCGACCACCAAGACAACUGCGCGGACGACAACCUCGUCGGUUAAACCUACGACAACAUCCAAGACAACUCUUAAACCAACUACUACAACACCAUCUACGACAACCGUCAAGAAAACUACUACAACAACGUCCAAAACAACAACAUCCAAGAAAACGACCACCAAGCCCAUCACCUCGAAGACAACUACCAAACCGUCCACUAGUACCACCGUCAAAACGACGUCCACCAAACCUGCCACGACAACAACAACUGCCAAGACAACAACAACCAUUAAGCCGACGAGCCGACGAGCCGACGAACAUCGAGGACAACUUCCAGUCCGAGAACAACAACGACAAAGGCAUCAACUGUUUCGACGACUAAACCAACAACCACACCAAAGAAAACAACAACUGCUGGGAUCACGCCGGGCAUCCCUUCGACAACCAGCCCAAAAUCCAGCAGCACCCAGCGCUCAUCCUCAACAACACCCAAGGCCUUUACAACAUCGACUUUAG